CUUCUUCAUAAUUCUUCACAUACUACAAAAGUUGAUAAACUCAAAUUUCAAAUCCAGACGGAGUGAAGAAAUUGUAGAAGAAAUAAUGGGGAAGCAAAUGCGAAGAAGGAGAUCAAUUCGUUCUUGUGUCUCUCCGCAAUUUUCCUACCUCACUCCUCACUCCCUUUUCAGCUGGUACGAAGAGGAUAUAUGGACAGAGAUUGCUAAGUUUUUGGAUGGGAGAUCUCUGGUGAUGCUAGCAUCAACUUGCACAUGGUUCAAUCAUAUCAUAAUGGACGAUAGCGUGUGGAAAUAUAUUUGCUUGCGAGAUCUUGAGGUCCCAGAUCCUGGCACAGUAGCCUUCAAAUGGAUCAAAUUAUAUGCCACAGCUUUCGAUGGAAGCCACUCGUACAUGUUUCGUCAGCAGGAGAAGCAUAUUGAUUGGAUGCGAAUUGGUGCAUUCUUUUUUGACUCAAGGUAUGCACUUCUGACAGAGACUCUGAUUGCUCCAUUGAAAAUUUCAAAAGAACAGAGAACACAGAACAUGUUGGAGUCGAAUGGCUGUUGUGUAUUGAAUAACAUCAAAGUUGGAAUCUGGAUUGCAGACUUGCAGCUUGUUCGAUGCCCCGUCUGUGAUCUCAAAACAUGUGAUGGAACAAUGCAGACCUUGGAUGCAAGGCAUAUUGAAGUCUUCCUGAGUGAGGGAUACAAAGAUGGGAGCUGGGACUACGAGUUGUUAGCCUCUCAUGACAUAAGCAAGCAGACUGAUGGAGCUUCUGCUGGAAUUUUUGACGUGAAGCAUCUCAACGAUCAAUCUACCUCUGAAAUCUUCUGUCUUAAGGCGUGGGUGGGGGAACGGACGGACUGGCAACCAAAAGCUCUGAAAACCCUCCAUGCAGUAGCAGUGAACACCAAUCUACACGAGAAUGAAGGUCUUAACGUUAAAAUCCACGCUAUGAAGACUGGAAAAGAUGAAGUUGUUGCAAUUCGAGUAUCUCAGCAGCUACUGUAGUCUCCCUCUCUCUCUCUCUCUCCCCCACACACGCACAUACAUA